GGUAUUUAUCUGCCUCCCUUAGCAGCCUCCCCAGUGUACUCUCCCCAAAGAUAUGCCCAGUUCAACUCUGCCAGAAUGUGCGCACUACUUCCCCCCACCAGAAACAAAGGAGGACUUGGAAUUUGCGGACCUUCCCCCCAUACACCCUGAAGGACGUGCACAGCUCUAUCCGCAGCUCCGAGAUGCACUACGCACCCAUGGCUUUCUCUACGCCAUCAAUCAUGGUUAUACCCAAGCUCAGCGUGACAGAAUCUUUGACAUAGCUGGUGUUCCUUUCAAUGACGUCUCUCUGGAUGAAAAGAAGACAUACACCGCCAGUAUCGAGGAAGUUGGGUCUUAUGCAGGCUAUAAACUUCGUCAAUUCUGGAGAGUCGACACGGAGAAUCAAAUUCACGAUCAGAUUGAGAACUAUGCAAUAAACCUCAAUGUAGAAAACCGUCCCCAUCCCACAGCCUUGCGCCCCUUCCUUCCGGAGAUAGAUCAUUUCGCUCGCCAUAAUCACUUUAAUAUUCUCCACCCGAUUCUUCGCUUGAUUGCGUUAAGCCUCGAGCUGCCCGAGGAAACUUUGGUGGAAAAACACAACUUUGACCGAACAGGAGAUACCUCUGGUUACUAUAGGCGCUCGAAUGAUGAAGAGGAGAAAUCAAAGAAUGUCUGGUUGAAGGGACACACAGACACCGGCAGCAUCACCAUUCUAUGGAGUCAGCCUGUCGGAGGGCUGCAAAUCCUAGGUCCCGACGGGAAAUGGAAAUGGGUCAGACACAUUGACAACGGUUUGGUCAUCAAUACAGGCUACAUGAUGACAUUCUUCACAGGCGGAUACUACAAGCCCACGAUCCAUCGCGUCAUCCAGCCCCCCUCGGACCAACACGCCUACGACCGUCUGGGUGCAUACUACUUUGCGAUGGCAAACGACGACGUUCGCUUGCUGUCGUGUGCUGAAAGCCCUGUGUUAAAGCACGUUGGGAUUGAGCGCCAGUGUCUCGACGAGGAUUCGCCAUUGUGCGAGACGUGGAGAAAGGGAAGGACGGCGGCGUAUGGGAGGUCUGAUCUCAAGAAUGGGGUGGAACGUGGUGUUGAGGAGGAGGUUAUCGAGGGGAUUGUGGUGAAGCAUUAUAACUGAGUACUGAAGAGCGGCGGAAUAUUUAUCAUGGAUUAUUAUUAUGAUUGGCUAACUUUUUGUAUGGUUUAGCAGGAUCGGUUAUUGAUGAUUGCACGGCUAUGUGGACGUCGUUCUCAUACGAGGAAGAUGGAGAAGGAGAGGAGAGUAGGAUUGCGUUUUAUCUUAAGCGAAGGGCAACUAAUGGAGUACUGACUCUAAACCGAGACAUUCGAGGAGUACACAAUACUCACAACAUACAGUAUAUAUAUCCGGAAUCGAUGUAAUUAUUCCGAGCUCUCAUGACGCUCACCUUGUAAACUCGUGAC